AUGGAGGAAACUCUUGUUUUGCGUAUCUACCAAGACAUCGUUGGCAUUAUUGGGAUCCUUGGCAAUGUUUUAGUUUGCUUCGUCAUCUUCAAAGUACGAUCAAUGCAGACGCGUACAAACGCCUUCAUAUUUCAUCAGGCAGUCAUUGAUCUAUUGGGCUCCAUCUUGAUCGUCUUGAGAAGUGAAAUCCCAGUGCCUGAGAUAAUCCCAAGCGAUGGCCUAGGCUGGUUCCUCUGUCACGUCUGGCAUAUUAACUGCCUCCAGUUCUACAUUUUUCUGGAGUCGACGAGUAGCCUGUUGGUGUUAACCAUGGAGCGGUACUACGCCAUCGUUCACCCCUUCAAGUACCAGGCAGCGUUCGCUACUCGGCCCAAGCUCAAAGUCGGUGUGUGCAUGGCGGUGUCUUGGGUUCUGGCCUUUAUCCCGAUAGUAUACUGCCUCUUCAAUUUUGAGGCAAAGAACGGAAAGUGCGUUCCGGUUGCGAUUCGAGGUUCUACCAUUAUCGGAACUCUUGUGGUAGUCAUGCAAUACGUCAUCCCAGUUGCUGUGAUGCUCUUCGCUUACAUUCGCAUCAGUGUGGAGAUGAAACGGGGAGCAGCCCGUGUCGGCCCGGCACCAGCCCAGCAUCUUCCCGGUGGAGCAAACGCACCGGACAUGGCCGAGUCCCUCCUCCGUGCAAGACGCAACACCUUUAAGAUGCUUCUGAUCGUCUUCAUCACUUUCUCGAUCUGCUGGACACCCAACCAGAUUAUCUUUCUGUUGUUUAAUCUCGGUUUCGAUAUACCGCUCAGUGGCUGGUUUUAUUAUCUCUCUGUCGCAAUGGUUGCCUCAAACUCUUGCGUCAACCCGAUGAUUUACGCUUUCAAGUACCGUCAGUUUCGUAAUGGAUUACGUCAGAUAUUUUGCCGCCAACGAAAUCAAGCAAAUGAUAUGAGCACAAUAUCAACCGGUACCGGGUAA